AGGGACUUGGGACGUACCCUUGGAACCCUCAUUGAACAGUACUAGAGAUGACCGUCUUAUUUUGAAAUGGUGCGACCGGAAGCUCUGUCCCCUCUUAUUAGCUGGCCACAGGCUCUUAGACAGUAGUAGUUGAAACGGCUGUCGGGCUCCUCUCUCUCUCUCAAAGCAUCAGUGAGCAGCCUGGCAUUCUCAGCAUGGCGUCUGAAGAGCUGGCUCGGAAGCUACAGUCGCGGCUAGUUGCUACGUGGGAGGAUGAACCGAGGCCGGAGCCCGUACAGAGCCUGGCCCAACCUAACCCGCAGGAGGCCGAGGCAGCCUGCGGCGAGUCGUCCUCCGAGCUGUCGGCCAAACUGAUACGCAGGCAGGACAUCAACGAGGGCAACGCUGCGCCUCGGUUAACCCGUAUCUUCAACCCCUACACCGAGUUCAAGGAGUUCUCCCGCAAGCAGAUUAAGGACAUGGAGAUGAUGUUCAAACGGUAUGACACUGGUAAAGAUGGCUUCAUUGAUCUGAUGGAGCUGAAGCUGAUGAUGGAGAAGCUUGGAGCUCCACAGACCCACCUGGGCCUCAAGAACAUGAUCAAAGAGGUGGACGAAGACUUUGAUGGCAAGCUGAGCUUCAGAGAGAUGCAGGCUCUAUCUCUGGGCAGCAAGUUUGAGGCCGAGAUUCGAGAGGAAAAAGAAGAACGCAAGAGACAGGAAGUGGAGAAAAAACAGAGACAAGCCGCCUUCAAGCAGCUACAGUCCACUUUCUGCUCAUGACCCUCUGUGGGAGGCAUAUAACAGUCCUGACGUGCACAGUCAGUGUUACUGAAGUUUUAGAAAUAGCUUGUCACUCCACUUACAUUUUAAUCAGUGUCCUUGCUCAGAAUUUGGGACUUUAUAACAAAAAUAGGAAAAUGCAUUUAAAUAAAUACUUACUAAAAUAUUUUAAAAUACUCCAUAACACAUCACAGGCAAGGUCUACUCAUUCCAGACUUUCUGCAGCUGCUCCACAAAAAACAAUGAGGCAAAAUCAAAUAUUUAGUGAAUUCUCCAAAAUCAUGGAAAUAUCAUCAAAUUAUUUUAUGCAUUUCAGUAGAAUUUUUGUGUCCUUCUGUAGAAGAACUGGAAGUUUUUACCUCAUGGGAUCAUUACUUGUUUAGGCAAAGUUCAGCUGUACUCCAUAUGUUCUGCAAAUGUUGCUUGUUAAGUGUUUUUAAUUUAAUGCUACAGUUUGGUCAUAUGAUCUUUUUACGAUCGGUGUAAUUAACCUACUCUCAACCUGCAGUGUCAUAGAAAAAGUUAAGUCAUAGAAAAUAAUAAUAGUAUAAUAAUAGUAAGUAUUAACAUAACAGCAUGGGAACAUUUGUUGGUAGAAAAUGAAGCCUUUGGGACUGUGGCCACCUUCUUUGUCUUUUGGCUCAGUCGACUGAUCCAACACUAAUCAGGCCAUACUCUGAUUGGCUUUCGUGAAUGGAAUAUAGUCUGUAUUGUAUUGAAACAGUCAGGAGCAGCUUUUGAUAAUGAUUUAAGCCACUAAAGGUAAACCCCCUGGUUUUGAUAUUACGCCCCAAAUUCUAAGAAGACCACUAAAACUUAGCUGUGAACUGUCAUGUUUCAAAAGCAGGGAUGUUAUAUUUGAAUGAAUAGUUCAUUUUGGUAAAUGAGUAUAUUUGCUUUCUUUGUAAGUGUGAGACAAGGAGACAUGCCAGUCUUAUGUUUGUAAAUGGUAAAUGGACCUGCAUUUGUAUAGCGCCUUUCUAGUCAUCCGACCACUCAAAGCGCUUUUUCAUGCACUGGUAGCCGAGGCUACCGUACAAGGUACCACCUGCUACUCAGUUUUAACACACUCACACAAGCAUUGGGGAGCAAUUUGGGGUACAGUAUCUUGCUCAAGGAUACUUCGCAGACUGGAGGAGCCGGGGAUCGAACCGCCGAUCUUUCGCUCCCGCUCUACCUCUGAGCAGCUUGAGUCAAGACAUGGUUAGCUUAGCUCAACAUCAAGCGUGGAAACGGGGGAACAGCUAACCUGGUUACAAACACCUCUAAUGCUCACUAACGUGUUGCAUCUUUUUUUUUCAGUGCAUACACAAAACAGUCAAAAUAUGUUCUUUAGUGAGCUUUAGAGGUAUUCAUAGGUGUUAUGUUUUUACUUUAGGCAGAGCCAGGCUAGCUAUUUCACCUUGCUUCCAGUCUUAAUCCUAAUCUAGGCUAACCCUGUCCUAACUCCAGCACUAUAGUGAACACACAAACAUGAGACUGACAUUGACAUGACACAAUCUUGCCAUCUCAAUCUCAGAAAGAAAGCAAAUAGACCAAUUUUCCAAAAUGUUACACAAGUCCUUCAGAUGUCUAUUUUGUGUCUAAACUGAGGUUAACAACCGCUGACUGAAUCUGAGCUCUGUUAGUAAAAACACACAUUAAGAUUAAAGCUGGAAACAUGCUUACCUGUUGUUCCAUGGUUUCUAAACCUUGUGAUUUUGUUUUUAGGAUCUAAAUUCUCAUGACUCACGAAACUGCACAGUUGACAAGUUGUCCUGUGAAUUUGAGUAUGGUGUAGUUAAUAUUCUGUUCUCAAGAACAUGCAAUGCAUGCAGUGCAAGUGUUUAAUGUAAGCUAGAUAUUCAAUUUUAAAUCAAUUUAGCUCAUUUCCUACAUGAACAUGUAUUAGAAAUCUCCAGCAACCCUGUAUGCAUAACAAUUGACUGUAGCAGGGUUCCGGUCUUAAAGGGAUGGUUUGGAUUUUUUGAAGUGAGGUUUUUUGGGCUGGGGUUAGCAGGUGCUCCUGCUACUUAUCCAAACUUGCAUUGUACGGACUGCCAUCUGCUGUAGGUAAUACACUGACAAUGGAUAAGUACCUAAGACAAUCCCAUUUCAGAAUAUCUCUGGGAAAUGGCAAACAGGCUUUCAGUUGUUUUAGGGUAGACUUGUGAUCCUAACUGUCGGCAUGAUAAUGAUCCUUUGUCUUAUUCAACAACAGAUGGAACUGUUUUCCAAGUCUCACUCUUUAAGUGUCGCUGUAGAAAGGCUUAUUGGAAUCAUUCUCCAUGAGUCUGCUUUAGUCUGUGUGGAUCGACAAGAAUAUAUGAAUAGUCAGCA